GUCAUUGUUGAUAUGGGGGUUCGGGCGUGCUACGAAGCAGAAAUUGAUCUGGAUGCCUACUAUAAGGUUGCUAUGAAAACCUUUGUCGAUAAUGUCUGUCGCCAAGUUAUCGAGAGGCACAUUCUUGCUAAGCUUUCAAAUGUAUUCAAUCCGAUGACGGUCAGUAGCUAUUCAGAUGAAGAUCUACUCUGCUUGGCUGCCGAGUCAUCUAAGCUUAGCAAACGUCGGGUUGAGGCAAGUCAACUACAAGAGGCAUUAGAAGACAGCCUUCGUGAAUUGCGUUGA